UCGGCUGGGGAGUUAUUUGACGCCGCCGCCCCUGGCAGUCGGAAGUUGCUUGAGCAGAUCCCAGCCGGCCGGCCCGACUGGCCUUCGUCGUCCCCGAGCGCCCUGGGAGAGUCACUGACCGGUGGACGAACUGACCGCCUGAGGUCGGCUGGCCGGGGCAGUGAGAUCGCAGGCCCUAUGGCGCGGGUCGUGUGAGGAGGAAGGCCAAGUGCGGCCGGCAGCGGCGGCGGCGCCCGCCCCAGCGAUGCGGGCCCCGCCCGUCGCCUCAGGUGUCAUUUGGCUGGUACUUUAGCGGCACCAUGUACUCUGAGUGGAGGUCCCUGCAUCUGGUGAUUCAGAAUGAUCAGGGCCAUACCAGCGUGCUUCACAGCUAUCCAGAGAGCGUUGGACGAGAGGUGGCAAAUGCGGUGGUCCGUCCGCUCGGGCAGGCGUUAGGUACCCCUUCGGUGGCUGCUAGUGAAAGUUUGUUGAAAACUGACAAAGAAGUAAAAUGGACCAUGGAAGUCAUCUGCUAUGGACUGACCCUUCCUCUGGAUGGAGAGACUGUAAAAUAUUGUGUUGAUGUAUAUACAGACUGGAUUAUGGCUUUAGUGAUGCCAAAAGAUUCUAUUCCAUUACCAGUUAUUAAAGAACCUAAUCUAUAUGUUCAAAGCAUACUAAAACAUCUACAAAAUCUUUUUGUACCUAGACAGGAACAGGGCUCCAAUCAGAUCCGACUAUGCUUGCAGGUCCUUAGAGCCAUUCAGAAACUGGCCCGGGAGUCAUUCAUCAUGGCCCGAGAAACCUGGGAAGUCUUACUAUUGUUUCUUCUGCAGAUUAAUGACAUACUGCUGGCCCCGCCAACUGUUCAAGGUGGCAUUGCCGAGAGUCUAGCAGAGAAGUUGAUUGGUGUUCUCUUUGAGGUUUGGCUACUAGCUUGUACUCGGUGCUUCCCAACGCCUCCUUACUGGAAGACCGCCAAGGAGAUGGUGGCCAACUGGAGGCACCACCCGGCAGUGGUGGAGCAGUGGAGCAAAGUCAUCUGUGCGCUCACUUCCAGGUUGCUACGCUUUACAUAUGGGCCCUCAUUUCCUCCAUUUAAAAUUCCCGAUGAAGACGCCAGUCUGAUCCCUCCAGAAAUGGAUAAUGAGUGUGUUGCACAGACAUGGUUUCGCUUUUUACAUAUGUUAAGUAAUCCCGUGGAUUUGAGUAACCCAGCCAUUAUAAGCUCUACUCCCAAAUUUCAGGAACAGUUCUUGAAUGUGAGCGGAAUGCCACAAGAAUUGAAUCAGUAUCCCUGCCUUAAACACUUGCCUCAAAUAUUUUUUCGUGCCAUGCGUGGAAUCAGCUGUCUGGUGGAUGCAUUCUUAGGCAUUUCUAGACCCCGACCAGACAGUGCUCCGCCUACACCUGUGAAUAGAUUAAGUAUGCCUCAAAGCACUGCUGUCAACACCACUCCACCACACAACCGGAGGCACCGGGCUGUUACUGUGAAUAAGGCCACCAUGAAGACAAGCACAGUUAGUACUGCUCAUGCCUCGAAAGUUCAGCACCAGACAUCCUCCACCUCUCCUCUCUCAAGUCCAAAUCAGACUAGUUCAGAACCCCGGCCACUGCCUGCCCCUCGGAGACCAAAGGUUAACAGCAUCUUGAAUCUCUUUGGAUCAUGGUUAUUUGAUGCAGCAUUUGUUCACUGUAAACUUCAUAAUGGGAUAAACAGAGACAGCAGCAUGACUGCCAUUACAACACAAGCUAGCAUGGAGUUUCGACGGAAAGGUUCACAAAUGUCCACAGACCCCAUGGUUUCCAAUCCUGUGUUUGAUGCCAGUGAAUUUCCUGAUAACUAUGAAGCAGGAAGAGCUGAGGCUUGUGGGACACUCUGUAGGAUUUUUUGUAGCAAGAAGACUGGAGAAGAGAUUCUGCCAGCUUAUUUAUCCAGAUUUUACAUGCUUUUAAUUCAAGGUUUGCAGAUAAAUGAUUAUGUGUGCCAUCCUGUCUUGGCCAGCGUUAUUCUAAACUCCCCUCCUUUGUUCUGCUGUGACUUGAAAGGGAUUGAUGUUGUGGUUCCUUACUUUAUUUCAGCUCUUGAAACCAUUUUGCCUGACAGAGAACUUUCAAAAUUCAAAAGCUAUGUAAAUCCAACAGAAUUGAGAAGAUCCUCCAUUAAUAUCCUACUUUCUUUGUUGCCCCUCCCUCAUCAUUUUGGCACAGUCAAAUCUGAGGUGGUCCUGGAAGGAAAAUUUAGUAAUGAUGACAGCUCUUCUUAUGAUAAACCAAUAACUUUUCUGUCCCUGAAAUUGAGACUUGUGAAUAUACUAAUAGGUGCCUUGCAAACAGAAACGGACCCGAACAACACUCAGAUGAUACUAGGGGCAAUGCUAAAUAUUGUUCAAGACUCAGCACUUUUAGAAGCCAUUGGUUGCCAAAUGGAGAUGGGUGGUGGAGAAAAUAACUUGAAGAGCCACAGUCGCACUAACAGUGGCAUUAGUUCAACAAGCGGAGGGAGCACGGAGCCCACCACCCCUGACAGUGAGAGGCCUGCACAGGCUCUCCUGCGGGAUUAUGCUCUUAAUACAGAUUCAGCUGCCGGACUCCUGAUUCGCAGCAUUCAUCUCGUCACCCAAAGACUCAACUCUCAGUGGCGGCAAGACAUGAGCAUAUCACUAGCAGCUCUUGAACUCCUCUCUGGCCUGGCAAAGGUGAAAGUGAUGGUUGACUCAGGAGACCGGAAGCGAGCCAUCAGUUCCGUGUGUAGCUACAUUGUGUACCAGUGCAGUCGGCCAGCUCCUCUUCACUCCCGGGAUCUUCACUCCAUGAUAGUGGCAGCUUUUCAGUGUCUCUGUGUCUGGCUGACAGAACACCCUGACAUGCUUGAUGAAAAGGACUGCUUGAAAGAAGUUCUAGAGAUUGUGGAACUGGGCAUCUCAGGUAGUAAAUCUAAGACCAGUGAACAAGAGGUCAAGUACAAAGGUGAUAAAGAGCCAAACCCUGCCUCGAUGAGGGUCAAGGACGCUGCCGAAGCCACCUUGACAUGUAUCAUGCAGUUGCUUGGCGCUUUUCCUUCACCCAGUGGGCCUGCCUCUCCUUGUAGUCUGGUGAAUGAGACCACUCUGAUUAAGUACUCCAGGCUGCCAACCAUAAACAAGCAUAGUUUCCGGUACUUUGUCUUGGAUAACAGUGUCAUCUUGGCAAUGCUGGAGCAACCUCUUGGAAAUGAGCAGAAUGACUUUUUCCCUUCUGUCACUGUGCUGGUCCGGGGAAUGUCUGGAAGACUUGCUUGGGCGCAACAGCUUUGCCUUUUACCAAGAGGAGCAAAAGCAAACCAGAAGCUUUUUGUGCCUGAGCCUCGCCCAAUCCCUAAAAAUGAUGUUGGUCUUAAGUAUACCGUGAAACAUCGACCAUUUCCUGAAGAGGUGGACAAGAUUCCUUUUGUGAAAGCAGAUCUCAGCAUUCCGGAUUUGCAUGAAAUUGUCACCGAAGAAUUAGAAGAAAAACAUGAAAAAUUGAGGAGUGGCAUGGCCCAGCAGAUUGCUUAUGAAAUACACCUUGAGCAACAGAGUGAGGAGGAAUUGCAGAAGAGGAGUUUCCCUGACCCCAUUACGGAUUGCAAGCCUCCCCCUCCCGCCCAAGAGUUCCAAACAGCCCGCCUUUUCCUCUCACACUUUGGAUUUUUGUCCUUAGAAGCGCUGAAGGAACCUGCAAAUAGUCGUCUACCUCCUCACCUUAUUGCACUUGAUUCCACGAUCCCAGGAUUUUUUGAUGAUAUUGGGUAUCUGGACCUCUUGCCAUGUCGUCCUUUCGACACAGUUUUUAUUUUCUAUAUGAAGCCAGGUCAGAAAACAAACCAAGAGAUUUUAAAGAAUGUGGAGUCUUCCAGAAAUGUUCAGCCACAUUUCCUGGAAUUUUUACUCUCCCUUGGCUGGUCAGUGGAUGUUGGCAGGCACCCUGGUUGGACCGGGCAUGUUUCCAGCAGUUGGUCAAUCAACAGUUUUGAUGAUGCUGAAGGAUCGGAACAAGAUGAGGUACUAUCCUCUGAAGACGUUGGCGCCAGCAUUUUCAACGGACAGAAGAAGGUGCUGUAUUACGCUGAUGCCCUUACAGAAAUCGCUUUUGUGGUUCCGUCUCCGGUGGAGUCCUUAACUGAUUCUUUGGAAAGUAACAUUUCAGACCAAGAUAGCGAUUCCAACAUGGAUCUUAUGCCAGGAAUUCUGAAGCAGCCUUCCCUGACGCUGGAGCUUUUCCCCAAUCACACAGACAAUCUGAAUUCUUCACAAAGGCUCAGUCCCAGUUCCAGAAUGAAGAAGCUGCCUCAGGGCCGCCCUGUGCCUCCCCUCGGACCUGAAACAAGAGUUUCUGUAGUCUGGGUGGAACGCUACGAUGACAUAGAAAACUUCCCCCUGUCAGACCUGAUGGCAGAGAUCAGCACUGGUGUAGAAACCACUGCAAACAGCAGCACCUCCCUGAGGUCUACAACUCUUGAAAAAGAAGUUCCUGUCAUCUUCAUCCACCCUCUAAACACUGGAUUAUUUCGAAUAAAAAUUCAAGGAGCCACUGGAAAGUUCAACAUGGUCAUCCCUCUCGUGGAUGGGAUGAUAGUCAGCAGGCGAGCCCUCGGAUUUCUGGUAAGGCAGACUGUCAUUAACAUCUGUAGAAGAAAGAGACUGGAGAGCGACUCCUACAGCCCACCACACGUCCGCCGGAAACAGAAGAUCACAGACAUUGUCAACAAAUACCGAAACAAACAGCUGGAGCCAGAGUUUUAUACUUCACUUUUCCAGGAGGUUGGACUCAAGAACUGUAGCUCCUAGACCGCUGUGCAUCUAGGACUGUUACACUCCAGUCUGGGGACUGUCAAAAAGCAAGCCAGUUUGUUAGGUGAUCACUGUACAAAUAAAUCACUCCCCUAAGAGCUCACUGUCUAGUCACCACAAGAGAAGAAACACAUAUAAACCCAUUUGACAGAAGACUUUGGGCUUUCUAGUAAGAUGGGUUCCCAGACACAAUCAUACUCCUGCUGGUAAUGACGAUAAACACUUUAGCCAUCAAAUUUUUUUUUUUUUAAAGUGGCAGUUAACUGUAAGCCUUUUGAGGAGGAAGGCUGUAUGCAUCUCAGUUAAACACAUGGCAUUGGUAGGAUCAACAAAUGUGCAAAUUAGAAGUUGAAGUUAGUUUUGUACCUCACUUUUUAGGAGGUUGUAUUCAAAAUUAAAAUCUGUCUCGGAAUCGUC